UAAUAAACUAAGCUUGCUUCACUAUUUUGCACAUAUCUUACAUUGGAAGCGUUGACUUCUAAUUCGAAAUAUCAAAAUGGAUAUGCGAGGAUAUAGCAAACCUUCAUUGAGUCAUGCGAGUUGGAGUGAUAGAUUAAAUACAAGUUUGACAUGUGGACUGUUUCUUCUGCUGUCUAUCGUUACUUGGCUUCGACAGUAUAUUGGUCCAAAUGCAGUUUGCGUUACACCAGAAACAUCUGCUGCACAAUUGAAUAAGUAUUUUGAUAAUACAUGUUGGUUAUCAAGACAACUAUUAUUGCAGCAUGACGUAAUUCCAUUUCACAACAGAGACGUGAAAACUCUUCCCCUCAUACAAAAUGAAAACAGAAGGUUCGAAGAUAUGUCACGCUCACUUUAUCAAUGGGUUCCCGUUAUAUUAGUAUUACAGGCCAUUUUGUUCAGAAUACCUUACAUUUUUGUAAAAGUUUGUGAUGAUUUAUUUGGAAUAAGGUUUUCCCGUAUUAUGGGUUCUAUCAAAAGUCAACUGAAAGGCGAUGGGACGAAGCCAGCAGAAGAUAUUUCACAAUUUUUAGAUCAAUAUCUUCGUUCACGUGCAUUUAAGUAUAAUCGAUUUGGAGUGUUGUCGAUACUUUUAGGAGUAAGCAAAGUGUUGAUUUUUAUCAUUGCUUUCGUUCAAUUAAUAUUGCUGGAUUUGUCAUUGUCAUCACCAGACACAAGAAGUUAUAUGCAGCACAUCGUUGAAAACUUGUUACAAAAUAAUUAUUCGAAAACAGUUUCAUCGCCAGCGUUUCCUCGACAAAUUCAGUGUUUGAUAUAUAUCAGACGAGCACAGCAUCUUUCUAUUUACUCAGCACAGUGUUCCUUGCCAAUUAACGAGUUUUAUGAGCAUGUUUGUCUCCUGUUGUGGAUCUGGUUGUUUAUGUUAUGUCUUGUUUCAUUUGCCAGUGCUUUUACAUUUUUGUUUAAAGCAUUAAGACGAAGUUUCAGAGAAAGGUACAUCAUGCGAUAUUUGUCUAUGAGUGACGUAGUACCGGAGCCAUCCAAUAUAGUUUCUUUCACCACUUCUGUGCUUGGAUAUGAUGGUUUUCUAGUACUAGAAGCUAUUGGUGAGAUCUACUCUGAUGUACUGGUCCGUGAUAUAGUGAUCAAUCUUUGGAAUGCAAAUUACACAGAACUUCGGCCGCUUGACUUUUCACGGGAAAAUUCUAAAUAUUUAAAAGUACCCUUCAAAGAAUCCAGAAUGACUUUAGCGUCACCUGAAAAUACACCACUUAUUACAAGGCGGUGUUUUAAUGUUUAA